AUGAACGCUGCUCACUGUUUGCUGGACCGUAUGCGCACGCGCAAGGCUCUGCACGAAAUUGAUGAUAAGAAAAAAGCGCAUGGCUGCUUUUCAUCCGUGGGCAGCGCGACGCACUCGUUCCAUGGCGACGAUGCUGUGGGUUUUGGUCCCGCUUACAUGGUGGUAGCCGACGGCGUGUCCGGCACGGCCAAGUCGUCUGGCGUGCUGGCUCGGAUGCUGGUGGCUGAAACGCUGUCAAAGCUGGCAAAACUGCGCAAGCAAACACGAGAGGAGCCGCUCUGUGCCGAAGACUUUAGCCAGAGCAUGCAAGCAGCGACCAGGAGCGCAUGCAAGCUUGCAAAGCGUAAAGGUCGACUUGACUCGACCAUCUCGGCUGUGUUUUUUGACGAGAAUUCGCGUCAGAUGUUUGUAUACACGAUCGGCGACUGCAAGUGUGUGGUAUUUCGAUCCGGCGAUCUUGUCUUCGAGAGUGACUCGAUUAUCUACGACUUCAAUGUACCUGCCGUGGUAUCCAGCAACCAAUCCAUUAAUUAUAUAGCCGACGUCCAGAUACAAGCCUUCACGUACGAAGCUGGUGAUGUGUGUUUCUUAUUCUCGGAUGGCGUACACGAUAAUCUGUACGUGGACGAUAUCGCGUCCUGUGUCGCAUCGGCAGCAAGUUUGCCGUUACCUCGAUCCAAAGGUGGAAUAGCAGAGGAAAUGGCACGAAGGACAGUACAGCGUGCCAAGGAAACAUUCACAUGCACCACAGAGUUCAUUCCUUUUGCCGUCUCAGCUGCAGGAUUCUGCCUUGAAGCGUUAAAUGAGCUGGUGGUCAACAAAACCGUUGAGUCUGAGGAUUUUAAGCGAUUUCGACAAAAGUGCGAGACCAUUCCAUCUUUAAACGUGAAACGUGCUGCAUUUGUCAAGGAGCGUCGCGUGCGUCAACUAGCUUUCUACAGUGCGUCGAACUUACUUGCUUUUGCGCAUAAGAAGCAAGGCAAACGCGACGACGUGUCCGUGUGUGCAGCAGUACUUGCAUGA